AUGACCCUGAGCACGGAGAUGUCCGAUGCCUCCGGCCUCGCGGAGGAGACAGACAUCGACGUGGUGGGGGAGGGCGAGGACGAAGACGACGAGGAAGAAGAGGACGACGACGAGGGCGGCGGUGGCGGCUCCCGGCUGGCUGUCCCCGCACAGCGGCGGCGGCGACGGCGCUCGUACGCCGGGGAGGACGAACUCGAGGACCUGGAGGAGGACGACGACGACGAUGACAUCUUGCUGCCUCCGCGGACCGGAGGCUCCCCGGCGCCCCCAGGCCCGGCCCCGGCAGCAGGGCCCGGAGCCGGUGGUGGCGGCAGCGCCGGCGGCGGCGGCGGCGGCGGCGGUGGCGGUGGUGGCGGCGCUGGUGGCGGCGCCAAGAACCCGCUGGUGAAGCCGCCCUACUCGUACAUCGCGCUCAUCACCAUGGCCAUCCUGCAGAGCCCCAAGAAGCGGCUGACGCUGAGCGAGAUCUGCGAGUUCAUCAGCGGCCGCUUCCCCUACUACCGGGAGAAGUUCCCCGCCUGGCAGAACAGCAUCCGCCACAACCUCUCGCUCAACGACUGCUUCGUCAAGAUCCCCCGCGAGCCGGGCAACCCGGGCAAGGGCAACUACUGGACGCUGGACCCCGAGUCCGCCGACAUGUUCGACAACGGCAGCUUUCUGCGGCGGAGGAAGCGCUUCAAGCGGCAGCCACUGCUCCCGCCCAGCGCGGCGGCCGCCGCCGAGUCGCUGCUGCUCCGCGGCGGCGCGGGACCCGCGGGGGACCCGGCGGCGGGCGCCUCGCUCUUCCCGCCCGCCCCGCCGCCGCCCCCGCACGCCUACGGCUACGGCCCCUACGGCUGCGGCUACGGCCUGCAGCUGCCGCCCUACGCGCCGCCCUCGGCCCUCUUCGCCGCGGCCGCCGCUGCCGCCGCCGCCGCCUUCCACCCGCAUUCGCCCCCGCCGCCCCCGCCGCCGCACGGCGCGGCCGCCGAGAUGGCCCGGACCGCCUUCGGCUACCGGCCGCACCCGCUCGGCGCCGCUUUGCCCGGCCCCCUGCAGGCCUCGGCCGCCAAGGCGGGCAGCCCGGGCGCCUCGGCGCUGGCGCGCUCGCCCUUCUCCAUCGAGAGCAUCAUCGGCGGCAGCCUAGGCCCUGCCGCCGCCGCCGCCGCCGCUGCCCAGGCCGCAGCCACCGCCGCGCAGGCCUCGCCGUCGCCCUCGCGGUGGCGGCGCCCUGUGCCCGCACCCGGACCUGGUCCCGGCCCCGGUCCCGGCGGCUGCGCGGUGCAGGCGGCUGUGGGCCCCGCCGCCGCGCUCACUCGCUCGCUCGUGGCCGCCGCCGCGGCCGCCGCCUCCUCCGUCUCGUCGUCGGCCGCCCUGGGGACGCUGCACCAAGGAACUGCCCUGUCCAGUGUGGAGAACUUUACUGCUAGGAUUUCAAAUUGUUAA